AUGGAGCGGUUGUGGCGUACGCGUGGGCAUGGGUGGGGCGUGGCUUCCCCAAAGAAGUUGCUGCGCCUCGCUUUCCUGUUUCUGCUUUCUGCGGCCGUUGCCUCUUGCCUGCUGCUGGGAGUUAGCUUUCAGAGUGAGUGGAACAAUGACAAAGGGCACGCGCGGGAGGUGCUCAGCAAGUCUAAUGCACCUCAUCUUGCCCGCUUCUCCACGCAGCACAAGCCCCCACGUGAACUUCCGCAGACGGACACCAACAAUGCCUUUUCGGCCGCGGCCUCAUCGGCGGCGUCGUUCGCGGGGUAUGCGCCUACAGAGAUCGUGGUGCAAAACAACCCCGGCACCAUCAACCACGCCGUAUUCGCGAACAGCAGCGCCGACGGCGGACCGUUUAUCACGAAACUGAAACGACUUAGCUACUGCCACUACGAGGUUCACAACUUUUGCGUAGAUCGGGGGACGCUGUUGUUUUUCCAUGACCCGCUGCAGGGAGCACGCAGGGUUCAGCGGGGCCUGCGUGCAUGUAAUGAGUUUUCCCGCCACAGUCCAUCCAUAUACAUUAAGUAUUGGUCCAUUCCGCUUCCGAAUUCCACGCUGCUGCCUCUUCCUGCGCCGCUUAACACUGUCACCAAGGGAUGGAUUCUGCAAUUUUGGUGCCAGGAUCUUUUCCACAUGACCCUUUCGCUUCUUCCGGCGUUUCAAACCAAGCAAGACGUUGGACAGCACGACGCUGACGUGUACAUUCGAAUUGCGAGAGGCAUACGGAGAAAAGGUGGCUAUUGUAACGUCAAACUUGGCGACCCACGGAACUUUGAGAAUCCGAGGAACAUGAAAUACGGUCAGGACCGUCAAUUUCCGUUCGCAGGAAAUCCCUAUUGGCCCUUCUACCGGAUUUUGACCAAUCGUCCAGAGAAGAUUCAUCCGCUAAAGUCUGGCCAAAGUCUGCAAGCCGCGUGCUACCAACACGGUGUCAUUGACAAACGCUACAUCAAGAGCAUGAUGGGUGCGGAGGCGUGGAACUACAGUGGCCGGGUUUUGGAAAUGAUGGGGGUGCCGCCGGGACAACCACGACCUUGCGGGAGCAGGUACCGUGCCACAGUGAUUGACCGACGAGGACGCACACGCCGGCUAAGUAACAUACCCGAUAUAGUUCAACUUGUGCAAGGUAUGGGAUUUGAGCCCCGGGUUGUGGCCUUUGAGACGCUUCCCAUUCGAGAACAACUCCGCAUUGUUACAAUGACCGACCUCUUGAUUGGCGUGCAUGGCAAUGGGCUCAUGUGGCUACAAUUCCUGCCCCCAGGGUCCGCGGUGAUUGAGCUGGUUGGGGUGUGGUAUACACCCUACGCGCUGCUCUGGGGGCACAGCUAUUUCCACUCCAGGGACUGGAAUAACCCCGAGUACAAGCAGCGAGGCGAGUACCACCCCUUUGCGCACAACAUGACCGAGAUAGGCGAACUUCUGAAGAAAGCCAAAGAGGCGCUUAACCGUACGCGAUGCGGAAAAACACCCUUUACCCCGCCAAAUAAACAACUUGCCAAUCUAUACUUUAGUUGUGCGCCGCACUGUUGA